AUGGCGCAGUGGGAGAUGCUGCAGAACCUUGACAGCCCGUUUCAGGACCAGCUGCAUGAACUCUACUCAAACAGCCUCCUGCCGAUGGACGUUCGACAGCACUUGGCUGUCUGGAUUGAAGAUCAGAACUGGCAGGAAGCCGCACUGGGAAACGAUGCUGCCAUGGCUAAUAUGCUAUUCUUCCACUUCUUGGACCAACUCAACUCUGAGUGUGGCCGAUGCAGCCAAGACCCUGACUAUUUUCUGCUACAGCACAACUUGCGAAAAUUCUAUCGGGACGUUCAGGCCCUUCCCACUGGCUCUACCCAGUUGGCUGAGAUGAUCUUUAACCUCCUUCUGGAAGAAAAAAGAAUUCUGACCUGGGCUCAGAGGGCUCAGCUGGAGCAACGAGAGCCAGCCCCUGAAGCACCUGGGGAGAGCCAGCAGCAUGAACUUGAUUCCCGGAUCCUGAAAUUACAGGCUAUGAAGGAGAAGCUGGUGAAAUCCAUCAGCCAACUGAAAGACCAGCAGGAUGUCUUCUGUUUCCGAUAUAAUAUCGAGAAAUCAGUGAAGACCCCUUCUUUGGACCCCCGUCAGACCAGACGGAUGGACAUUCUUCAGGAAACACUCAAUGAACUGGACAGACAGAGAAAGGAGGUGCUGGAUGUCUCCAAAGCACUGCUCGGCCAGUUAACUACCUUAAUUGAGCUGCUGCUGCCCGAGCUGGAGGAAUGGAAGGUCCAGCAGCAGAGAGCCUGCAUUGGCGCGCCCCCUGUCGGGGGCUUGGAACAGCUGGAAAAGCGGUUCACAGAUGGAGCGAAGCUGUUGUUCCACCUGCGGCAGCUGCUGAAGGAGCUGAGGGAGUUGAGUCACAUGGUCUCCUACGAGGGGGACCCUCUGAGAAAAGGCGUGGACCUGCGGGAGGCCCAGGUCACAGAGCUGCUGCAGCGCCUGCUCCACAGAGCCUUUGUAGUAGAAAAUCAGCCCUGCAUGCCCCAAACUCUUCAUCGACCCCUCAUCCUCAAGACAGGGAGCAAGUUCACCGUCCGAACAAGGCUGCUAGUGAGACUCCAGGAAGGCAGUGAAUCACUGACUGCGGAAGUCUCCGUUGACAGGUUAGUUGGGGCAGGUGAACGCUUCCGGAAGUUCAACCUUCUGACCUCAAACCAGAAAACUUUGACCCCUGAGAAAGGCCAGACUCAGGGCUUAAUUUGGGACUUCGGCUACCUGACUCUGGUGGAGCAGCGUUCAGGGGGUUCUGGCAAAGGCAACAAUAAGGGGCCGCUGUCCGUUACAGAGGAAUUGCACAUCAUUAGCUUCACAGUCAGAUACACCUACCAGGGCCUGAAGCAGGAGCUGACAACGGACACCCUCCCUGUGGUGAUUAUUUCUAACAUGAACCAGCUCUCAGUUGCCUGGGCCUCGGUUCUGUGGUUCAAUCUGCUCAGCUCAAACCCCGAGGACCAGCAGUUCUUCUCCAGCCCCCCGAAGGCCCCAUGGAGCUUGCUGGGCCCUGCUCUCAGUUGGCAGUUCUCCUCCUAUGUUAAUCGAGGCCUCGACUCAGACCAGCUGGGCAUGCUGAGGGACAAGCUGUUUGGGCAGAACUCCAGGACUGAGGAUGCGUCGUUGCCCUGGGUCGACUUCGUUAAGCGAGAGAGUCCCCCUGGCAAGCUACCGUUCUGGACGUGGCUCGACAAGAUUCUGGACCUGAUACAUGACCACCUUAAGGAUCUCUGGAAGGAUGGACGCAUCAUGGGCUUCGUGAGCCGGAACCAGGUGCGCCGGCUGCUGAAGAAGACUGUCUCCGGCACCUUCCUGCUGCGCUUCAGCGAGACGUUGGAGGGGGGCAUUACCUGCUCCUGGGUGGAACACCAAGAUGACGAUGAGGUGCUCAUCAACUCCGUGCAGCCCUUCACCAAGGAGGUGCUGCAGUCCCUGCCGCUCACCAGGAUCAUCAGCCAGUACCAGAUGCUGACGGCGGAGAACGUACCCGAGAACCCGCUGCGCUUCCUCUACCCGCGGAUCCCCCGGGAUGAGGCUUUUGGGUGCUCCUCCCAGGAGAAAAUUAAUCCCGAGGAACGGAAGAAAUACCUGAAACACAAGCUCAUUUUUGUCUCUAACAGACAGGUGGAUGAACUGCAGCAACUGCCGGAGCUCAGGUUGGAGCCAGAGCUCAGGUUGGAGCCAGAGCUGGAGUCAUUAGAGCUGGAUCUGGGGCUUGCAUCAGAGCCUGAGCACGGGCCAGGCCUGGACUUAGAGCCACUGCUGGAGGCAGGAUUGGAUCUGAGCAUGGAGCCCGUGCUGGAGCCCACACUGGAGCCCAUACUUGGCCAGAUGUCACAGGGAGUCCUAGAACCACACCUGGGACCAGAACUGCAGCUGGAGCCUAUUCCAGAGCUCGAUCUACAGACCAUGCCAGAACCGGAUUUGCCUUAUGACCUGAGACACUUGAACACCGAGGACAUGGAAAUCUUUAGGAACAGCAUGAGGAUUGAAGAAAUCAUGCCCAACGGUGAUCCACUGUUGCCUUGCCAGAACACCACGGAUGAAGCUGACGUCUUCAACCCCAGCCACUUCUAUGCAGAUGGGCCCUUGAGCCCUUCUGACUACUAG